AUGGCAUCACUAUCCCAGCCCGAAGUCGAAUCCAUCCUCGCCGUUCUUCGACAAUUUUCCCAGCAUGAGGCACAGCCCGCUUCCAAUGAGCGCCCCGCAUAUGAAGCAGUGGUAGCAAACAGACUGCGAGAGUUUGAUGAGGCUGGGGAGUCGAUAUCUCUGCUUCUUCCGGCGUUUCCUUGGGAGAACCCCAACACUGACAAGGUGUUGGGCCCAAGUCCAGAUUUGGGAGAAGAGCUAGGAUUGGCUAGACUGAACCAUCUCUGCAAAGAGGUUGGGAAGAUUUACCCGCGCGGAGCACGUCUGAUCCUGGUUGCGGAUGGCCCCGUUUACAAUGAUCUUCUCGGUAUCCCGGACGCAGACUACUUCGAUUAUGGAGUUCAGCUUCGGGAAUUGGCAAGACGAGAGGGGUUCUCACACAUCCAGUUUGUUAGCUUAGUCGACGUGCUUGGCCUCGAAAACGGCGAUGCCAUGUCCAAGGAUGAACAUCUCGCCGCAGCUGAUGCUUGUCGGCGAGAGAUGGAGCAGAGGUUUCUCGGUUCAGACCUCAGCGUCCAGGGCGAGGUUCGGGCCCACCCCGACACAGCACUCACGUACCAGAAGUACGUGAGAUCUGCGCGAGAGGAUCUGCGCUGGGGUCCCGAGGUUGAGCCUGAUAUCACAUCAGACGCAGCCAAGUAUGCAGCUGAGACGGAGCGGAUCGCUGAGCGGAUGACACAGAGACUGAUUGCAUACGAAAGAGCCCUUGAGCACAAGUUCCCACCAGUGAUCAGGCUAUCCAUCCACCGAUCAACGGGGGAAAAUAAGAUCUCGAUUCCACUAGUACCCCAGCCGGUAGGGUUCGGACUCACACCUUGGCACUCCACUCUCCUGGUGACAGCCGAUGGAGAAUUCCGCACAGAGUUGUCCAAGGAUCUACAAGACACGCAAAAGUACGAGAUUGUUAAGCGUGAUGGACAACCAUACUUUGUGCGCGAGAAGCAUUUGGCUUUUGACUGGCCGAGUCAUGUCACGAUCCAUCACAAGUAUGGAGGACUAAUUGUACUGGAAAACACUUCAGACGUCGAGAGCGACAAGCUAUUGACUCAUGAGCUCGAGCUGAAGCUUGCGAGUUUAGCCCUUAGACGGGGUGGCGUAAAGGUUCGAGGAUUCAAGACGUUGCAUGCCUAA